CUGCCCGCCGCCCCGCCCCUCCUGUCCUCUCAGCUGUGAUAACGCUACGAUAUCGACGACCAAUACGACGAUACAUACUGAGAAAACAUGCAGAUCAACUAUGAGUAAAUGUGGUUCAGAACUGGAUCAUGUAGCGCAGCGCCUCGCGCUCGCUGAGCGGGCGCGGCGCGAGGACUACGAGUGCGAGGCGAGCGAGCGCGCCCCCGCGCCCCGCCCUCCGCCCGCCUCCUACUGCCUGGCAGCCGAGCGACAGUGCGCGCGAGCCACCGAUGGACAAGAUUAUAUGUUCUCCAAAUCCAAUAUCGAAUGUGACAAGCAGGUCUGCGGACCGAACCGUACGUCUCCACCGCCGCUGCCCAUAAAGCUUAUGUCUUCUGAGGGUUGUGAAAUAAAAUCUAGGGGUAAUCUAGACCCUUGCUCUCAUCGGCCGCGCGUCAUUGUUGAAAUAGAUCGCAGCAAGUCUAAAGAAAAUACUGGGACCGAUCAAUUUAAAGAAAGCAUAACGUCGAAACUUAUUAAUAACUUAAGCUUUAAAAAAAAAUCAAAUCCAUCAUGUCCACGACAAAAAUGCAACAAAUCAGAAAAUUGGUGCAUAUCUCCACCUACGCUAGCAUCAGGCCCGACGCGUUGCAAGGAACCUAAUCUUGCAGAAAGAUUACGGCAACGAUCAAAAAGCCUCCACAAUAACCAACAGCGAAAGCUCCACUGCAGUGUUUCGACGUCUGCUUGUGUUACCAAAUCAUCCACGAGCUCAGCAAACAAGGCAGAAACUGAAUCAGAUAUAGGAAAAAAAUCAAGCAUUGACAAAUUAAAUCUAAUUCUGGAAGAAAAGAAGAAGCUAAAAGAGUCUGGACAAGGGCGAGUAGUAAGAGAACCAUGUGGUGAACGGAAAUCUGAUCCAUCAAAUUCAGGCUCAAUCGAAUUGCGAGUGCCAUCAGACACAGAGGCCGUCAAAGUUCGCGUCACUUUAGAUUUCGACCGUACCAACCGUGAGCACAACUCAAUGUCGUCAGCUGAGUUGGCUCCACAUUGUGUUAAGUCACAGGGAAACAGGAGUGAAACGUGGUUGUCUAUUAGAAAUAUUCAGAAAAAAAUAUCUGCGUGUACAAAGAAAACAGAUUCUCACGGACCUAAUAAGAAAAAGGAUUCCUCCUCGAAAGAACAGUCAUGUCCGGUUCCCACAAACCCUUGCGUCCGUCCGAAGCCACCGGCCGACCGACUACCAAGCUCCGGGAAGCCGCCCCGCCCCGGCAGCUCCAAGCCCUGCACGCCUCGGAACGAUCGUUCGCGCUUUUCUUCUGACGUUGAGCCGGCCAAGUGGCUACUACUUCUAUAAUACCACGCAAUACUAUUAGGCUAAUACCUGUGUGUGUCUUUAAAAUAAUAAAAAAAAAUUCCAGAA